AUGCAUCCCGCUUGGCUCAUUCUACACUUCUCAUUUGGAUUCGUCUCAUGGAUUCUUUACGCGCUCGUCAGCAAAUAUAUCUAUUCGCAUCGGAAGCAGUUCAACACGGCUUUUAUUCGAUUAUGGAGUUGUUUUACAGUUUUGAACGUUCUCCAAUACGUCUCAAUGAAGCUCUACUAUCAUAUUCCACUACACGUUCCGCGAAAUUCAACAUUUUCGCCAUAUUUGGAGAAUUUUCCCUAUAAAACUCCUCAAACAUUACUCUACUUUUUCGCCUAUUAUUUCAUUUAUAGUCAACGGUUGUGUAUUCUGCUAAUUAUUUCAAUCAGCUUUCGAUUUAUUGUUUUCCCAUUUUCGAGUUCCCCGAUUUGGGAGCGAUCUUAUGUGAUGAGCUCAUUGUUCAUAUUUGGAAUCCCGAUUCCAUUUGUGGUUAAUCUUCUUUUUCGCGAAGCCCGAUACCACUACAUUUCAUUGGUCGAUGGCUAUGUUCUAUUCUCGUCGAUCGAGAAGCACCACGGCGCUGCGAUUCGAACUGUUCUACAAUCGAACAUUUUCGAAAUAAUUAUCGCGAUACUCAGCGGCAUUCUGAAGUUCGCCUCGCUCGCGUGCCUUUCGUCGAACUCGCUUCGACGCCGAAACGAUCGCAAUUUGUAUUUGAUGACCACUGUGCUGUUUGCAAUGUCUCUACUGAAGUUUGCUUUUAUCAAUCUCUACCCGGUGACGUCCGACUGUCUUGCUCUCAGCUGCCCGUUUGCUCUUCUAUUCGUCAAUCCAAGACUACGAAAAGGCGUCAUGUCGUGCCAGCUGAUGGUCAAGUUAGGAUUGCAAAAGGAAGAAACACAACCAUCAAGUGUUUAA